AGGAGGGAGACACAGCUCCGUUCCGCGGCCUGCACUCCACCCUGCAGCCAGGCUGGAGUCUCUGCACAGCUCCGACAUGCAGGCCCUCUGGAAAGUCCUUUUGGUGGCUCCUCUGCUCCUCCUGCCCUUCCCCACGGUGGCCUCUCCAGCCCGGGAUGACCAGCCCAGCACCAGGCCCUCCAACGGGCACGCCUGUGUAGGCUGUGUGGUGGUGGUGUCUGUGAUUGAACAGCUGGCUCAAGUUCACAACUCCACGGUCCGGGCCUCCAUGGAGAGACUGUGCAGCUACCUGCCUGAAAAACUGUUCUUAAAAAGCACCUGCUACUCAGUGGUACGCGUGUUCGGACCAGACAUCAUAAAACUGCUCAGUGCUGACAUGAAUGCUGACGUCGUGUGUCACACCCUGCAGUUCUGUCAACAGGACCCAGGCCAAGCCUUCUGUCAUCUCUACCCACUUCCCAAGGAGACCUGGAAAUCUACCCUGGAGAAGGCAAGACAGAUUGUCAAGAAAUCCCCAACUCUGAAAUAUUCCAGAAGCGGUUCUGAUAUUUGUUCCCUCCCAUUUCUGGCCAAGAUCUGUGAGAAGAUCAAAUCAACUUUAAAGAAUUCUGUGCCAUUCAGAGAUGUCGACUCAGACAAAUACAGUGUUUCCCCCACACUGCGCGGCUACCACUGGCGAGGGAGAGACUGCAAUGACAGCAACAAGAUGGCAUACCCGGGCAGAAGACCAGACAACUGGGACGUCCAUCAGGAUUCCAACUGCAACGGCAUCUGGGGUGUUGAUCCAAAAGAUGGAAUUCCCUACGAGAAGAAAUUCUGUGAAGGUUCAGAGCCCAGGGGGAUCAUUCUGCUGGGAGACUCAGCUGGGGCUCAUUUCCACAUCCCUCCGGAAUGGAUCACGGCUUCGCAGAUGUCCUUGAAAUCUUUCAUCGAUUUACCAUCAGCACUGACAGAUGAGCUCAACUGGCCCCAACUCUCUGGUGCUACUGGAUUUCUGAACUCCACGAGCGGACUGAAAGAAAACUCCAUUUACCUUCAUUUACGGAACAGAAACCGCUGCAACCACAGGGACUACCAGAACCUUGCCAAGAACGGUGCAUCUUCCCAAAACCUGGAGAGAAUUAUAGAAAGUCUGUCUAGGAACCCGCGGUCGGACCAUCCAGCCAUAGUCAUAUACGCCAUGAUCGGAAAUGACGUCUGCAACGGGAAGAUUGACCCAGUCCCAAAAAUGACCACUCCUGAGCAAUUCUAUUCCAAGGUCAUGGAGACUCUGAAGUAUCUGAAUUCCCACCUGCCAAAUGGCAGCCAUGUUAUUUUAUACGGCUUACCAGAUGGGACCUUUCUCUGGGAUCAUCUGCACAACAGAUAUCAUCCUCUAGGCCAGCUGAACGAGGACGUGACCUACGAGCGGUUCUACACCUUCCUCGGCUGCCUGCAGGUCAGCUCCUGCCACGGCUGGAUGUCCUCCAACAAGACCCUCCGGGCUCUCACCUCGGAGAGAGCAGAACAACUCUCCAAUAUCCUGAAAAAGAUUGCAAUCAGCAAGAAAUUUACGAACUUGGAUCUUCUCUAUGUGGAUUUUGAUCUCCAAGCAGUCAUGAAGAAGUGGCAGAAGAGAGGCGGGCAGCCCUGGCAGCUCAUCGAGCCCGUCGAUGGAUUCCACCCCAACGAGGUGGCUUUGCUGCUGAUGGCAGACGGCUUGUGGGACAAGAUGCAGCUCCAGUGGCCCCAGGUCUUGGGGAAGGAGAAUCCGUUCAACCCCCAGAUCGAACAGGUGUUUGGAGACCAAGGGGGGCACUGAGUCCCUGGGAGACAUGCGCCCCUGGAGAGCUUCGGGAAACGACCCUGGGUAAACUGAGCAGGUAUAGAGGCUCCCCCGUCACAGACUCGUGGACUCGCCCGAGCCGCGCCUUGGCAGUGUGCUUCUCUCCUUAAUAGUGCAUCGGAAGGACAGUGGGGUUCCGUGGGGUUCUGGAAUCAGUCCCUGCCAGGUGAGCCUCGUGUAGCCUUUAUAAAGAGCUCUGGGUGCCUUUCCCAGCAAGACAGCAUCUGUGCCCUUGAAUGGCUGAUUGUUGUCAAGGCAAAUAAGAAAUCCAGCAUCUGAAGCAACUCACCCAGGGUCCUGGUGAGCCAGGGACGGAGGCCCCAGGAAGGCUGCUGGCCAGCUGCCAAGGACGCUCCCACCAGAAAACUGUCAACACAAAAUUAGGUACAAAUUUGAAUAUUCAUUUAGAAUAAGAAAACACAUCACAAUAAUGUACAAAUGUUUUUAAGUUGACAAGUACCCCCCCACAAAGUCAGGGGAGGGAAAAAUGACCAUUUUUCUUUCUUUAAAAGAUUUUCUGACAUUCUUUGACUCCAUAAUCGGGUCACCUCUGUCUACCACCAUGAUUUUGUGAUGUUAUUUUCUAUAGGUGGAACAGAAAAAUAAAAC